GGCGCGGCCUUUGUCUCUUGCUGCAGCGGGAGCCCCAGGUUUUGUUUUCUCUGCUCUGUGUCCUCUGCUCCUGGAGGCCCAGCCUCGCGGCCCCGUGACCUGCAGGUUUUGAGAGAUCCACAGCUAAGACGCCGGGACCCCCUGGACGCCUGAAAUGGGGCCGUUGACAUUUAGGGAUGUGGCCAUCGAAUUCUCUCUGGAGGAGUGGCAAUGCCUGGACACUGCUCAGCAGGAUUUGUAUAGAAAAGUGAUGUUAGAGAACUACAGAAACGUGGCCUUCUUGGCAGGUAUUGCUGUUUCUAAGCCAGACCUGAUCACCUGUCUGGAGCAAGGAAAAGAGCCCUGGAAUAUGAAGAGAUAUGAGAUGGUAGAUGAACCCCCAGCUACAUGUUCCUAUUUUGUCAAAGACCUUUGGCCAGAGCAAGACAUAAAAGAUUCUUUUCAACAAGUGAUUCUGAGAAGAUAUGGAAAAUGUGGACCUGAGAAUUUACAGUUAAGAAAAGGCUCUGCAAGUGUGGAUGAGUGUAAGGUGCACAAAGAAGGUUAUAAUGAACUAAACCAGUGUUUGACAGCUACCCAGAGUGAAAUAGUUCAAUGCGAUAAAUAUAUGAAAGUCUUUCUUAAAUGUUUAAAUUCAAACGGACAUAAGACAAGACGUACUGGAAAGAAAACUUUCAAAUGUAAAAAAUGUGACAAAUCAUUUUGCAUGCAUUUAUACCUAAGUCAAAAUAAAAGAAUUCAUAUUAGAGAUAAUUCUUAUCAAUGUGAAGAAUGUGGCAAAGUCUUUAAACGGUCCUCACACCUUUCUAGACACACAAGAAUCCAUACUGGAGAGAAACCUUUCAAAUGUGAAGAAUGUAGCAAAGUCUUUAUGCGGUUCUCAGCCCUUUCUACACACAAGAGAAUCCACACUGGAGAGAAACCUUUCAAAUGUGAAGAAUGUGGCAAAGCUUUUAAGCACUCCUCAACCCUUACUACACAUAAGAUGAUUCAUACUGGAGAGAAACCCUACAGAUGUGAAGAAUGUGGCAAAGCCUUCAACACAUCCUCACACCUUAUUGCACAUAAGAUAAUUCAUACUGGAGAGAAACCCUACAAAUGUGAAGAAUGUGGCAAAGCUUUUAACCAUUCUUCAUCUCUUACUACACAUAAGUUCAUUCAUGCCGGAGAGAAACCCUACAAAUGUGAAGAAUGUGACAAAGCUUUUUAUCGAUUCUCAUUCCUUACCAAACAUAAGAUAAUUCAUACUGGAGAGAAAUUCUACAAAUGUGAAGAAUGUGGCAAAGGCUUUUACUGGUUUUCAACCCUUACUAAACAUAAGAGAAUUCAUACUGGAGAGAAACCCUACAAAUGUGAAGAAUGUGGCAAGGCCUUUAAUGUGUCUUCAAACCUUACUACACAUAAGAUGAUUCAUACUGGAAAGAAACCCUACAAAUGUGAAGAAUGUGGCAAAGCCUUUAACUACUCCUCAAAACUUACCAAACAUAAGAUAAUUCAUACUGGAGAGAAACCUUACAAAUGUGAAGAAUGUGGCAAAGCUUUUAACCAAUCCUCAAACCUUACUACACAUAAGAUAAUUCAUACUGGAGAGAAGUCUUACAAAUGUGAAGAAUGUGGCAAAGCUUUUACCCAUUCCUCACACCUUACUUCACACAGGAGAAUUCACACUGGAGAGAAACCCUACAAAUGUGAAGAAUGUGGCAAAGCUUUUAACCAAUCCUCAAAUCUUAGUAAACAUAAGAUAAUUCAUAUUGGAUAGAAGUCUUACAAAUCUGAAGAAUGUGAUAAAGCCUUUAACCAAACCUCAACUCUUACUAAACAUAGGAAAAAUUAUCCUUGAAGGAAACCCUACAACUGUGAAGAAUGUGGAAAUUCUCUCAACCAGUGCUCAUAACUUACUAAACAAAAUAACUCGUAGCAGAGAGAAACUCUACAAAUGUAAGAAUGUCCUCAACUCUUAAAAAGCAUUAAA